AUGACUUUAUUGGACGCCAAAGACUUCAGAAGCUUUUUCAGUCACGAGACGAGAGCUCGCAGACCUUCUCCCCUUAAGUCAUGUAUUCACUACUUUGAUGACCCUAAUAUCAUAUUUCUUGCUGGUGGGUUGCCCCGUAGUAAGUUUUUUCCUUGGGAUAACCUUAGUGUUGAAUCCCCUGCGUCUUUGCCAGAUUCAUGCCAAGGCGUCGGGUUAGUAAACACAACAGUUGGCAAAGAUGAUGUAGACAGAUCUGUGCCAGAUAUUCCGCUCUCUAGGUCGUUACAGUACGGAUAUUCUGGUGGUCAGCCUGAGCUAAUUAAAUUCCUUCGAGAGCAUACGAAGCGGAUUCAUAAUCCGCAGUACAAUGGUUGGGAUAUCACUAUUUCAAUUGGAAAUACCUCUGGAUGGGAGUCUACACUUCGGAUUUUCUGUGAUCGUGGUGAUACGAUUAUUGCUGAGCGGUUUACAUUUUCUUCGUCUUUAGAGGCUGCCUUGGCGCAGGGUGUUCGCGUGGUUCCCGCCUUAAUAGAUAAAGACGGUAUAAUUCCAGAGAGUCUAGCGGAACUUCUCGAAACAUGGGAGAUCAAGCGCCCAGGAGUACCCAAGCCCAAGCUCUUGUAUACAGUUCCUACAGGUCAGAAUCCAACUGGUACAUGUCUAACUGACGAACGUCGCGAAGCUAUAUACCGUAUUGCUCAGAAACACGAUUUUCUAAUUGUAGAGGAUGAGCCCUACUACUUUUUACAGAUGGAGUUGUACGAGCCAGAUGUUUCCAAAAGAACGAUGAGGACCUUUGCAAACUCGAAUGAAUUUGUUAACUCGCUAGUGAAAUCAUUUUUAUCACUUGACACUGAAGGGCGCGUAAUCCGCUUGGACUCUUUUUCAAAGGUCUUGGCGCCAGGCACACGUCUUGGCUGGGUAGUUGGAGCGAAGCACAUAUUAGAAGCAUAUUUGCGUCUACAUGAGAUGACCGUUCAGUCUCCAUCAGGGUUCUCUACGUCAAUUGUUUCUGGUUUGUUGAAUAGGUGGGGCCAAGAAGGUUACAUGCAAUGGUUGAUGAAGAUCCGUAAGCAGUACACUAUGAUGCGUGAUAUUGCGAUGGAUGCUCUACACAAGUACAUCCCAAAUGUCCCAUUUAUAACCAUUAAUCCUACUAUUGCUGGUAUGUUCUUUACGAUUACUUUGGAUGCUUCAGCACAUCCCGAGUUUGCUAAGAAGUAUGACUGUGACCCAACUGAGGUAGAGAGUCAACUCCAUUCCAAGAUGAUUAGAGAUGGAGUACUAUUUGCUCCAGGGAUGUGGUUCCGCGUGAUCGAUACUACCCUUGAAGUAGAUGGCUUGGUGACUAAAACGCUCGAAAAUGAAGAUCCUAAUAUAAUCUUUUUCCGUGGUACUUUUGCAGCCACCACUAGAGACCUAUUAACCGAGGGUAUCAAGAGACUUGGCGAUGCUAUUCGUGAUGAAUUCCGUGUGGAAUAA